GCAAGAUUCUAAAUCAUUCAAGUGUUGGGGAAAAGGGGGAGCAUCCUGUUAUUGAAAUUAUGAAGGGGUCUUCCACUUGCUUUGGUGCCUAACCAAGAGGCACUGUAGCAGCCUCCUCUUGACAGCAGAGAGAGGCCAUUGUUCUACAGUCCACAGCUCAAAACACUGAAAACACCUAAGAGAUGGAUAAAAAAGAGCUAAAGGCUUUUGUUCCAAAAUUUGACAAGGUCCCUUGGCUUAGUGAGGCCAGCCUGGUGAACAAGCCUUUGGUACUCAGCAUCCCUGGAAGAUAUCAUUCCUCUGCCACUGUUCUGACUUUGUGCAAGAAGGGUAUGGAUUUGCCAAAUUUGCUUCAGGUUCCAGAUGUCAUAUAUCAGGCCAGAAAGAACAAGCAUGAAAACCUGUCUCCCAGGAACAAGCAGCUGUGCUCCGCAUGUCGAGAAAUGAAAACGGUAGGCAAAGGGGCCACAGACAGGAAGUUCCCAGUCUUGAUUCUUCCAAUCAGAGAGAUGCUCCUUCACCAUCCCGAUAUCCAGCAGUUUGAUCACCCCUGCAAUGACAUUCCAACAGAGAGCAUUCGCUACAGACUGCCCAUUAUGGGCCCCAGGACUGCUGUCUUCCACAGGCUGCUGUCAGGUGCCUACACAACUCCUCUGGAGACUCAGCACCUCUCCCUUCCCAGAAAGAAACUAAAGAGCAAGACAGUGAAGCAGUGAGUGGUCAGAGCUAAUUACCCCCCAAGUGUCAGGGACAAAGGCCACCCCUCCAAACUGUUCUGAUACUGGUGCCUUCCCAUCCUGAAAGAUGAUUCAUUUUUUUCCCUCCUACAUGCUGCUAGUCUAGCUCCUACCACUUUCUCCUAAAGAUAAAAUGGUUUAAUUUACAUAAAUAUAAAGAUUUAUUGAUUAACACAGAA